AAACGUGUCGGAGCUGGGUGGCGGAAGACCUCGGGCGCCGGGAGCGGAGAUCGCGGGCCCCGGGAUGCAGCUGCGGGCCUUGCCGUGGCUCUGGCUGCUCUGCUGCGGCUGCAGCGCGGGAGGCGCCGGCGGCGGUUCGGGUCCCAGCGCCGCCCUUCCCCUGAGCCGGCCGCGGAACCCGGAGCGAGAGACCGCCGCCUUCCGGGAAAGUCUUAUUAGACAACGAUAUUUGAACUCUUUCUUUUCCAUUGAAAACUCCUCUGCCUUCUAUGGAAUAAAUCAAUUUUCUUAUCUGUAUCCUGAAGAGUUUAAAGCCAUUUAUUUAAGAACCAGAUCUUCCCGCUUCCCCAGAUACCCAGUGGAAGUACAGAUGUCUCUCCUAAAUGUGUCCUUGCCGUUAAAAUUCGACUGGAGGGAUAAGCAUGUUGUGACCCCAGUGAGAAACCAGCAGGCGUGUGGCGGAUGCUGGGCCUUCAGCGUGGUGGGUGCGGUGGAGUCCGCGUGGGCCAUCAAGGGCCAGCCUUUGGAGGACCUCAGCGUGCAGCAGGUUAUCGACUGCUCAUUCAACAAUGACGGCUGCAGCGGAGGCUCCACCCUGAACGCUCUGAUGUGGAUGAACCAGACACGAGUGAAACUGGUGAAUGAUUCGGACUACCCCUUCAAAGCGCGGAGUGGCCUUUGCCGUUACUUCUUGUCCUCACGUCCUGGGUUUUCCAUCAAAAACUUUGCUGCAUUUGACUACAGCGACAAAGAAGAUGAAAUGGCAAAAAUGCUGGUUACCUUUGGCCCUCUGGUGGCGAUCGUCGACGCGGUGAGCUGGCAGGAUUACAUGGGAGGCAUCAUACAGCACCACUGCUCAAGAGGAGAAGCCAACCACGCUGUGGUCAUAACCGGCUUUGACAAAACAGGGACUAUACCUUAUUGGAUCGUGCGCAACUCCUGGGGCAGUUCCUGGGGAGUGGACGGUUAUGCCCAUGUUAAAAUGGGGAGUAAUAUUUGCGGUAUUGCAGAUACUGUUUCUACUAUAUUUGUGUGACAUGUUGGGCAGAUCAAGAGACAACUACAAAGAUGAAGAUCUUCACAAUGCAAUGUAAGCUGGUGCUUUAAACAUUAGACAACUCCAGGCUGCAGCAACGCUCCACAGAUGACUCUGGUGCCCAGAAGUAUUUAAACUCAGUUGUAAAGAUUUGGACAAGCAAAGUCUGUAAGCACAAGCCCCGUCGAUGGCCCUCAAGGAAACCCCUGGGGAAGCUUCCUACCAUGAAAGGAAGGGCAGAUUCGGAGUUCCGAGGGAACCACAUAAUUAUCUAACAUGAAAUUUUACUUUUUCUUCUUUUUUAAUUCAUGCAAACAAAGCAUCUGCAUAUCAUUCCUCAACAUACAGAAACUAGGCAUGGAGAUCAAUUUUCUGUGCGUCAAAAUGAACAUGCCUCUUAUUUCUAUUUUUCCAUGAAUAUUUGGAAGUACCUUGUAUUUAGGCCUAGCCAAUUUGAAAAGGCUAUUCUUUUCUUAUAUAUUUUUUAUGUUUAUCUUCAGUGAGGUUUUUUUUUUUUACCCCCCUGGGGUUGUGUGUUAAUGGUAUUUGUCUUACCUUUAUCCCUAAUCAAAAAAAUCACCAUCCUAAAAGUAUGGGUGCUUCUUGCAACUGGGUUAACAGCCUUCUGAGACAAAAUGCCUUAAGGAUUUCAUGCAGUGUUUGGUUUACCUCAACAAAUGGUGCUGUCCCCUGAGUAGCAGACUGAUCACGUGGAAGCAGAGACUAAGUCCCUUCUGGUGAAAAAGAAUUCAACUAAGUGACCAGUGUGACACCUGUGUGAUAAGAAAACCCAAGUACUUUUGCCUAAGAGACAGGUUGCCAUUCUGUGAUUUUCACUGUCACCAGGAAUAGCAAUGGCUUUCAUUGCUUAGAUCUUUCUCCUUGUCCUAGGCAACAAAAUAUUUCGACAUGCGUCCCCAUUCUUUUCUCACUUUUUGCUGCUUAACUCCCACACUUUCCUGUGACGUGGCUCUCCUGACCAAAGAAUUGUCUUUGUUCCUCACUUGUCCUCUUCAUUUAGUAAUCUCUAAGCAUUUCAUGACAUCACCCUCUCAGUUAUUCCUUCCAUGAUUCUGGGCAUGACUCCUCUCCACAUCCACACUGCUAACCUGAGCCAUCAGCUGGAAGGAGAGCUUCCCAGACUCUGUGUUCCAAGGUUUGGCUUUGUUUUCCUGCUCUCUCAAUCCCAAUUAUUUGUACUUCCCUUUGCCUCUCACGUGGCUUCCAGUCUUUGACGUCCGUGAUCUCUCGUGUCAUUCAUUGUGUAAGAUGAACUUGGCAUUCUCAGGAGUGACCUAUAUCCUGUGACUGCUCUUGACCUGCACAUGGGAAGCAAAUAACUGCCCAGACUUCCGAGAGACGGAACAAGCUGGUCUUCCGAUCGGAUACAAGCACAGCCAUAUUAAAUGCAUGUUUGUAAGAAAAUCAUGUCGAAGACUAAAAAUAUAUUCUGUUUGUUUUUUCCCUAAAAUUCAUGGUAUUCUUAAAUGCAGCAACAAUCAGUUAAAAAAAAAAGCCAGAGGCAGACACUGCCCAUUUUCCCUCUCUGUAUUCACGCAUCUGUCUCCUAUGUCAGAUAAACAAAGUCAACAUUCCAAAAGCAAUAUUAACAGACUGUAUGCAUCUAUGUUGAUGCAAGUUUAGAGAUCUUCCAGAAAGGCAAAUAUUACCAUUUUCAUCGAUAAAUGUUUUCACUAUGGAAGAAUACCAGAAAAGGUUAAUGUCCUGGUUCCUCCUGUUUGUAUUCAGACUGUUGGUUUAAUAUAAAUGCUUUUCUAAUAUUCUGUAUGACAUGUUUAAAGUUUUUAAAAUUUCAAAAUUAAUAUUUCAGCUAUUCUGGAAUUUGAUAUUUAUAAUAAAACAACCUACAUUUAAUAAAAGAGUAUACAUUAUCCAGUGUAAGGGCUCUGUCUUGUCAGCACUGUGUGAAAUUUUGGUCUACGCAGGAUUUUCCCAGCAACAGUCUAAUAUUCAGUUUUAGUUAAGAUACACAUUCUUUUUUUUUUUUCCUAUCUUUUAGUAAGAGCAAAACAUACAUCAACUUUUUCUCUUUCUUAGUAUAUUUUGUCUCCACUAUUCAGUAGUCUACUGUCAACAUAAAAUAAUAAACGAAGAACCCACACAAGUACAGGCAACUAAUAUUCAAAAGGAGAACU